AUGCGAUGGUUGGAGGUUGGAAGAAGCAGAAGAAGCGAGUUAGACACACCCUCUCUGCUUUCGUUGUUGGGUUGGGUUGACAGCAUUGGGGCCCCGCGGAGUGUUGGGCGUGGGAGCGAAGGAAAGGAAGGGCGUGCGUGUGUGGUUGAUACUUGCCUCUCUUUUCUUUUCCUUUGUUUUGCUGCGUGCGGCAAUGGCGACGAGUCUUGCGCUAAAAUGAGUGUCGUUCGUGCGGAGGAAACAGUUUCUACAUACAGAGUACUGUCGCGUCUAAGUUACUCCCUCACUUCCUUUCAUAAUCCAUCAUUGGCCCUUCCUUCACUGGAGUACAGCAGUCCCCAACCGCUGGGUCAGCCACCGGGAAGGAAGGGUUCGGUUUGUCCUCGGGCGACCGCGUUUCGGGGUCGGUAG